AUGGCAGACCGAAGAUCUCGUUCGCGAUCACCGUCCGGACCUUCACGAAGACGAAGCCGCUCUCCUCGCAAUGACAGAGAACGCACACGAGACCGUCGCGACAAACCACGAGGCGGCGGCGGAGGAGGCUUCAGAUGGAAGGAGAAGCGCAGCACGAACGAUGAAGGAGAGGGCAGUGGCAAGAGAUUAGAAAGAGGGUAUCGCAAUCGAUCGAGAUCACCAAGGCGAGAUAGAGAGAAGGCCGACUCCAAAGAUAGCAGGGAGAGCAGGGAGAGCAAACCAAGCAAAGGCAACUCGGUGGAGGACAAGUUCGGCGUGGCAGACAAAUUUGGGCCAGCGAAGGCGAAGAAGGCAGAGGAGGGCAAUACAGAUACACCGCCUGAGCGUGCGCCUGCUGCUGCUCCAGCGCCACAAGCAGCCAGUCAUGGCGAACCCAUGAUUAUUGUGCAUGUCAAUGAUCGGUUGGGUACGAAAGCUGCGAUUCCAUGUUUGGCUUCGGAUCCGAUAAAAUUGUUCAAGGCGCAGGUUGCAGCGAGAAUUGGGAGACAGCCACACGAAAUUCUGUUGAAGAGGCAAGGCGAGAGGCCCUUCAAGGAUCAGUUGACGUUGGAAGAUUAUGGCGUGAGCAAUGGGGUUCAGAUUGAUUUGGAGAUUGAUACUGGAGAGUAA